AUUACACUGGAUUGUGCCACCGUGUGGCGGUCUCUGUGUACACUGUUCUCCUGGUUCUGCUCAUUUGGCUCUGUGUCAGUUCCUGGAGGUCUUGGGUUACUUCCGCCAUUUCUAGUUGCCCCCCAGCUUGAUUCCGCAGGGACUCGCUCACCCAGCGCUCAUUCCCUACUCCCAUGGUUUUUGUGCCUCUGUCCUCCAGGUGUCUCUCCUGAGCAGCACAGAAAUAAUUUCCUAGUAAACGUGAUUUGGGGUUAGAAGAGGGCAUUUAUUUGGCUCUCUACUUGCUACAUCUCGAGCUAAGGGCACCGUUAAAUCCGUAAAUUGCUUUAUUCUUCAAGAAGUUUCCCAGCUCUGGCUGGUAGGAAAUGAAGAGGCAGGUGGGGGAGGGAACAGCCCGGGAAUUGGCAAACAGCCCAUAAAAGCAGUUGUGAACAUUCCCAGGCCUUGGGACCUGCGUGGAGAACAAGAGAAGCACGUCAAUUCGCAAAUAUUGCAGGAACUACGGAACCCGAAACUUCGGGCGCAGGAAACCGGGUUACUCUCUAAUCUGUGAUUGGCUGAUCACGCCCCCCCACGCCCCCAGCUCCCAGCAAAUCGGCUUUCUUUCAUUAUCCUACCGGGACAAUUGAUCUGGGGAGGAGUUUGGACCCGAUUCCUCCUUUUGCCUUCGGACUUCGGCGAGUCCGCGUUGGGGCGGAAGCUGUGGGGCUAACUCGAAUCCCUACCUCUUCUCCUCUUCUUUUUGCUGCUGGCUUGAAGGAGACUUUUUUCCUUCCCGACAACUUUGGCCGGACUUCAACUCAACUUAUUUAUAGCAUGCCUCACGAGUUUCCCCAGAUUGAGAGAGAAAACGGCGUUUGCCCUCAUCUCUCUAGCAACAGCAUGGAGAAUGUGGCCAAAGAGACAUCCUCUAACUGUGGAAAUAAGGUGGAGAAGGAGCGAAAGUGGAUCCGGCCUGACAACCCCAGCAAGUGUACUUGGCAGCUAGGCAAGUCUCUUUCAGAAUCUCCUCAUCAUCACGUCUCCUGGACAAAGACACCUAAAAUCAUUCCUGAUAUUUUGAAGAAAAUUGGGGAUACGCCAAUGGUCAGAAUCAAUAAGAUUGGGAAGAACUUUGGACUGAAAUGUGAACUUUUGGCAAAGUGUGAAUUCUUCAAUGCUGGAGGGAGUGUGAAGGAUCGGAUAAGCUUGAGAAUGGUGGAGGAUGCAGAAAGAGCAGGCAUUUUGAAACCUGGAGAUACAAUCAUCGAGCCAACUUCUGGAAAUACUGGAAUUGGGCUGGCUCUGGCUGCAGCAGUGAAAGGGUAUCGUUGCAUCAUUGUGAUGCCAGAGAAAAUGAGUAUGGAAAAGGUGGAUGUCCUGAGAGCACUGGGAGCUGAAAUUGUGAGAACUCCAACAAAUGCCAGGUUUGAUUCCCCUGAGUCUCAUGUAGGAGUGGCAUGGCGACUGAAAAAUGAGAUUCCCAAUUCUCACAUUUUAGACCAGUACAGAAAUGCCAGCAAUCCCCUCACUCACUAUGACAGCACAGCAGAGGAGAUCUUGCAGCAGUGUGAUGGGAAAUUGGAUAUGUUGGUAGCUUCUGCUGGCACCGGGGGCACAAUUACAGGUAUUGCCAGGAAACUGAAGGAGAAAUGCCCAGGAUGCAAAAUCAUUGGUGUCGAUCCAGAAGGAUCUAUCCUUGCUGAACCAGAAGAACUGAACCAGACUGACAAAACAGCAUAUGAAGUAGAGGGUAUUGGGUACGAUUUCAUCCCCACAGUACUAGAUAGGAAGGUGGUGGAUAAGUGGUACAAGAGCAAUGAUGAAGAGUCCUUUGCUUUUGCUCGAAUGUUAAUUGCCCAAGAAGGAUUACUGUGUGGUGGCAGUGCUGGUAGUUCAAUGUCUGUUGCAGUAAAGGCUGCCAAGGAGCUGAAGGAGGGUCAGCGCUGUGUGGUCAUUUUGCCUGAUUCUGUGAGAAACUACAUGUCUAAGUUUCUGAGUGACAAAUGGAUGCUUCAGAAGGGAUUUGUGAAGGAAGAAGAUAUCACGAUUACUAAACCAUGGUGGUGGCACCUCAAGAUUCAAGAAUUAAGCUUGUCUGCACCUUUGACUGUCUUGCCAACUGUGACCUGUGAACGAACUAUUGAGAUCCUCCGAGAGAAGGGUUUCGACCAGGUACCAGUUGUUGAUGAAUCUGGUGUGAUAUUGGGAAUGGUCACCCUUGGUAACAUGCUUUCAUCCUUGCUUGCUGGAAAGGUUCAGCCUUCAGAUCAAGUCAGGAAUGUCAUCUAUAAGCAAUUUCGCCAGAUUCACCUGACAGACACCUUGGGGAUGCUCUCCCACAUCCUGGAGACCGACCAUUUUGCCCUAGUGGUUCACGAACAAAUUCAGUAUCACAGCAAUGGCAACUCUAUUCUGAGGCAGAUGGUGUUUGGUGUUGUCACAGCCAUUGAUCUGCUGAAUUUUGUGGCUGCCCGAGAAAGAGAACAGAAGACAACUUAAUCUCAAGUACUCUGCGAGAAAGAAGCCACUAAAAGGAAAACUACCAAGCGAUCUUCUCAUUUCUUACUCUCUUUUUGGACAAUUGUCGAUGUUUUUAUCAUUUGGGUAUCUAGAAUUGGUAUUUUUUAAUCUCAAGGCAUCAAUUUGCUAUGUGAACAGAAUGAGUCAAUGAAGUCAAUAAAUAGCAUUUAAAGUGGCAUCUGACCUCGUAAAGAAGCAUUAGCCCAAUCACUGGAAAUGGCAUCGGUUUUUCCUUAUAAGCCUUUACAGAGCUUCAUCUAUGUAUAUUAGAAUGAAUUUGGUGACUUUGAAAAUGUCGCAUUUUCUUUUAGAGUUUAUGUCUUCAGGUAGCCCAAAGAGGGAGAAAUUUGCUGGAUGGGACAAAAUUAUUAGCUUGUCUCAGCCAAGACUUGGGCUGAUUGGAAAUAUCAAAGUCUUGCACAGAGAAAUAAUAAUAAUAAUAUCCCUUAUCUGCCAGUCAUGUUGCCAGAGGAAACCGUAUAAGAAGCAUACACAAUUCGCUCUUCCUUCUCCUGGCGUCAGAGAAAAGAGGGGAUCAUUUAGCAAGGCAUGUCGUUCUGGGUUCAACACUUGCUUUUUACAUACUCUUGAAGUAAAAAAAUUUGGAAUAGAGGCUUAGCCACUAAAUCCUUAGUUACUUCCCUGGUAGGCUUUUACUUCUCAGGUGAGAACUGGCAUUGCCGGGACAUGCAGCACCUCCAGAUUAAAAGAAAUACAAGACCAGAGCAGAGAAUGAAGCAGUGAGGGGAGAUGCACAAAAGGGUGGCCAGGGUGGAAGGAUACGAAGCCAUCUGAUGGCGUCCCAGAACGGAGUUGGGCACUCGGCGUAGGUGAAAUGAGGUCGGUUUUUAUUCAGUUCUUAUCUGGAUCAAGCAGGACCAGCCAUGAGAUCAGGCAGCGUAGACCAAGGGGCCUUAGUCAAAGUUCAGAACUGAUACACAUUUGGGCUUGGGGUAGAGCAGAGAGCAUUAUCAGCCAACUGAUUUUCUGACUCUUUGCAGGAAAAAAAGAACUUCUGACUUCAGGCUUUACCCACAUCAGAUGGAUGAAUUUAUCUUGUUUUGAGGGCUCCCCCCCCCACUUUCUUUAGCAGGUCAGGGAGGCUGCUUUAAAUAGCUGUGAACAAUUUAUUAAAGUAUCGAAGACAAAACAGCCAUUGCUCUGGAACAAUGGGAGAAGUCCUAGAGUAGAACAUUCUGAAAAGCUUCUCAUAUUUUUAUGAAAAUAGUCGCUCAACAUUUUUUAAGAAGCUGCCAACAGAUUCCUGUUGCCUAAAUGUGACAAGAGUCAUGUUGGCUUGCUGGUCCCGGGCUCUGCGAGCUGUGCUCUUAAAACCCUUUUUAUAAUUUGUGCCUUCUGAUAGAUAGGCACUCCCCUCAAAAUAUACGUCAUGGACGUGUACUUCUUUACUGAUUAUUUGCUUACAAAAUAAAACAUAGGAAUUUAAGAAGGCUUCAAAUAAAAAUGAAAUAUUUUAUUUAGGCCCACUGUAGUGUGAGCCUGAGGUCAGGAACUAUAGAGAACGGAUUCAAGAGGAAAAGGGAUUUGAGACAGGGAGAAGUGAUCAUUCAAGAGAGAAAUGACGUGGACUCAAAUGGAGGGGUUGGCUUUGUGAGUGGAGAGGCCUGGAUUCAAGAAACAUGAAGGUAGCAGAAUUUACAAAACAUGGUAACCAACUGGAUAUGUGAGGUGGAGGAAAGUGAAGAGUUGACGGUGCCUGCUUUGAAAAGAAGCGAGUUAUUUUAACUGGAAUUAUUCUAUCUCCUGCUGCUCAGCUUUGUUGGUAAUAUGUAGAAAUGUUGAUGAUUUAUGUGGGUUUAGUUUGUAUCCUGCAACUUUGCUAAAAUUCUUUCAACUAGUCUUUUAGUUGAUUCUCUGUCAUAUGAUCUAUAAAGAGUGAGAGCUUAGUUUCCUCAGUGCCUACUUUAAUUCCUUUGAUUUCUUUUUCUUAUUCCCAAAGCUAGCAUUUCCAGAACAAUAUGAAGUGAUAGUAGUGAUGAUGGGUAGCCUUGUUUUACCUCUGAUUUUAUUGGGAAGGCUUCUAACUUGUCCCCAUUGCAGAUGAUACUUGCUAAUGGAUGGCCCAUUUAUUCCUCAACAGGAAUGAGUGUUGUAUUUUGUCAAAGGCCUUUUCUGUGUCUAUUGAGACAAUCAUGUGAUUUCUGUUAGUUUGGUUAUUGAUAUAGUCAAUUAUGCUAAUGGUUUUCCUGACCGACUUCCUGGUUAUUGUGAUCUUUUCAAAGAAGGUCAUGAAAGCAAGGAAUGUGAACAUUAAUUGUCUCUAAUUGAAAUGGUUUGCUCCCACUCCAUUGCUCCUUCUCUGCACCUCACUUAGACUCCAGUGGCCAAUUCUUACAUCUUCUUUCUUUCUUUUGAGUGCUGAGUUAGGAAUUAGGGAGUGGAUGGUGGCAUUCUGUUAUUAGUUCCCAGUUUAUCCUUUGAGUUCUUGGUCCUAAGCUGUGAAGAUGACUGAAAUUGCCUUAAUGUUUCCUCUUGUGGAGUGGCUUCAAAGAGCCUGAGGAUGAAAAUGUCUAUUCUUCUUCUUGUUGGUCAUGAUUUAGAACACCUCCAUUAGAUUUUACUCAUGUUUCCAUUAGAAACUAUUGCUUUUGGCUGCUAUCUCUGUCUCUGCUCAGCAAGUAACUCCAGUGUUUAUAUGUACUAAGUCACUUAUUGGGCUUCUUUGGUCUCACCUUUUUAUUAUCAGUUGAUAGUACUUCUGUUAACCUUCUGGUCUAAAUCACAAAAUUGCAGAUUUGAAAGGAACCGCCAUGGCCCUCUCAUCCAGAGAUCAAACAACUUUUUAUAUAAAAAAGCGCUAAAUAUAAAUAGCAACUAUUUUAGGCUUUGUGGGCCAAGAGGCAGAAUAUUAUGCAGGUACUUAUACACAAGAGAAAAUAAAUGUCCGCCAUUUUUUAUUGGCCAUAUUCAAAAUAUAAAAAUACUGGGUACGCUUUUCGUAGAGCAUGUCUAAUAAUGAUAACAUGGAACUUUUGAGGGGGUUCAGUUAGUGUUCCCCAUCCUCAAAAUCAAUUGCAAGUGUUCACCUGUCAAUGCUGCCCUGCAAUAAAAGUUCUACCUGUUUCAUCUUUGAAAAUUGUCUUUUCACACAGAAACGUACUGCCAAAUCCUGCUAUCGGGUGUUUGUGAUUAUAUGUCAGUUUAAUUGAGCUGAAAGGCUAAUAGUCUUCAACAAGUUUAUGUUCUCUGCAUACAUUUAUUCAGCUGCUGCAAUCAAAUGCGAUUUCAUUAACUCAUCAUCAGUAAAAUCCUUGCUGGUCCACUCAGAAAUUGACGAGUUGUAGCGAUAUUGUGAUGGAUGACUAAAGUCUAAUAAUGCUGCUAUGUCUUAGCACGGUGAUGAUGCUAUUGCUUAAUAAACACAAUGCUUUGCCAUCUAGUUUCAGAAUAAAAUAAUCCUCCCUCUGCUGUGUCUUAAAAGCAUGA